AUGAAUUGGAAGGGUCCAGUCGAUUUGAACAACCCAAACGUCGAAGUCGUAGUCCUGGAGCACUGGCAUCCAAUAACUGCAAAGCUUAUACAUGUAUACGUCGGAAGGCUGAUUUCAGAAGGCAACUCAACACUAGUGAAUGCUUACGACAAUAGCAAGAGGACAUAUCUAGGUAUCACUACCAUGGAUGCAGAACUAUCUCUCAUAUCUGCUAAUAUAGCGCUCGCUAGACCUGGAACUCUUAUAUGCGAUCCAUUCGUCGGAACAGGAGCCUUCCUGUUUUCGGCUUCGAACUUUGGUGCCUACAGUUUUGGAUGUGAUAUCGAUGGGCGCCAGAUGAGAGGCAAAGAUGGAAAGGGAAUAGAAGCGAACGUUGCGCAGUACAAUUUGGAGUCAACUGUGCUAGGAUGCUUUGUGACAGACAUGGCUCAUCAUCCAUGGGCAAAAAGGAGGUUUCUCGAUGCCAUCAUUUGUGAUCCACCAUACGGAGUGCGCGCUGGCGCUAAGAAAAUUGGUAAAACUGAAGCCACAACCAGAAAGCAACAGAAAAAGGUCGCCAGAAGUACUACUCACAAUUAUCCACUGACACAACCUUAUGAAAUCGACCAAGUGUUGCACGAUCUAGUCACAUUUGCAGCACAACAUCUCAUUCCAAAAGGAAGACUUGUAUACUGGCUACCUGUCGCAAACGAAAUAUUGGAAUCAAUUACAGAUCCUCUUGCUGUCGAAAAUCCUGAAAUCCGUUUGCAACGGGUCAUCCCACAACACGAAAACAUGAGAUUAGUCUCUGUGUCGACUCAAUUGUUUGGUAAAUGGCAACGACUGCUUGUCUGUCAAGAGUAUGUGGAGGAAAUGGUUGAUUCAAAUCAUCAUCAGGCUGGGAUAUCGCUUAAUACAUUUAGAGAUUUGUAUUUUGCUCCUAGUGAGUAA